CCCUUUACUAUUGAACACUUUUAAAAAGCCAAACACGAGACCCUACCGACAACUGGCUGUCUUGCCCUACCCCUAUUUUUUUCAAAGGACGAUAACCAAGUUGUCACUAUAUUACCAUGUGAAUAUGUCUCAUGUUCACACCAGACGUCUGACAAAAAAGCAAGCGACAACAAGGGAGUAAUCGUUGGUCUCAUGACAUUGUUUAUCAAAUGUGAACAUUGCUGAGAGAUGGAUAGUGGAGAGUAUAAAUAAAUGUUAUGACAAUCACUAGGAAUUCUGAUGGCGCGUCCUUGCUGUUCUAUGAGGUACUUUGGCUCUAGUUAUGUGAAUGUGCUCGGAGCUACGUUUCAGUAGUUCAGCCCGAAAUGAAUUAUGGAACACGUCUUGGAACACGAAGCACUUUACGCGCAUUGUCAUUUGUGAAAAUUAUACGUGCUGAAAGAGACAGACGGACAGACAGACAGACAAAGACAGACAGAGAGAAAGAAACAGAGAGAGAGAAAGAUGACAAGCCCUUGACCGCUCCUCGUGUCUCGGAUCAGUCAGUGCUGGCGUCCUGACCCUUAACCUAUCUCAAGAAUGUCAAGGGCAAGGUUUAAACUUCGUCUGAUCAGCUUCUGUCUGGGCGUAGCAGUGACUAUAAUGGUCUCACGUAUGACGUGUUUAGUAAACACGAUGCCACGAGUCAGCGUCAGUGACGUUAUGUUCUUGAAUGCCCCAAGCGUUAUGCGGGCGACAAACAGUCCAGUACUGGAGUUAGAACUUCUUUUAGAAAAGUCAGCCGUGAACACAUUGCACGGUCUGAGACCAAACCACAGUUCAACAGUGUUUAAUAUCACCAACAGCGGUCUUGAUGGUCCCCCCUCUACUGGAAUCACGGCAAAGAGCUCCUUGAAAAACACUAGCAAGUCAUCAAAGAGCUCCUUGAAAAACACUAGCAAGUCAUCAAAGAGCUCCUUGAAAAACACUAGCAAGUCAUCAAAGAGCUCCUUGAAAAACACUAUGAAGUCAUCAAAGAGCAUUAUUACUUUCAGCAAAAACACUCUAGCAAACACAGCCACUAAGGCUUACAGCAACUCCUCAAGUAACUCCAAAAUAGCCUACAACAAUUUUACAAAAGCCUUCAACAAAGAAUCAUUAUCAUCAAUCAGCACUGCCGAACCUUUCAAGUAUUACAUGACCGAUUUAACUGACAUUUCUUUUUACGAUCCUUAUUUAGAGACACUGAUGGACAGUAAAUCAAGCUGUCAGAACGCCAGUUCCUAUGACGCUAUAAUGGCAGUCCACUCAGCCCCAAACAAUGUCGCAAAAAGAAACAUCUUUCGAUGGUUGUAUACAGACUAUCAGAAGACUUCUCCGUACAAGAUCAAGGUUUUCUUCUUCAUAGGUCAGGUGAAUAAUUUAACACUGCAAUCCCAGCUAUCCAACGAAAGCCGAACGUUUCAAGAUCUAGUUCAGGGCAGCUUCCUAGACUCCUACAAGAAUCUGACCUACAAAGCCAUCUUUGUGUAUAAGUGGCUCAGCCAACAUUGCCAGGGGCCCAAACUCUUGCUCCGCGUGGAUGAUGAUGUCUACGUCCGGUUUGACCGCUUUUUUGAAGUCUGGCGGAAGCGUGUGGGCGACAAGCCCAACACCAUCCUGUGUGACGUUAAGAAAGAUGACCCAGUCACGCGUACAGGAAAGUGGGCGGUCAAAGAGUCGGACAUUCCCGAAGCAAGCUACGGAUUCCAGCACUGUCUGGGUUAUUUUGCGGCCCUGACCUUUGACAUUGUCCGGAAGCUUUACGAAGCCGCUCGGAAGACUCCGUUUUUCUGGAUCGACGAUGUGUUUAUGUACGGUUUCGCUGCUAACAAGGUCAAGGCCAACUUUGUGAACUCUUAUUGGGAGAUGUCCAGAACGAGGUUUGAACGAAUCAAAGAUUGUUUACUUCAAAAAGGCGCGCAGUGCAAUUUGAUGUCUGCUAUUGUCAACCCUGAGAAUUUUAAGUUCUUGCACGACCUGUUGCAUAAUAGGACAAUAGAAUUGAAUCGAACCACGUGACACAGAACACACACACAAACACUCAAAUUCACAAUUUACACACUGGACAGUCAAAUGCCGAUUAUCUGAAAGCUCAAUUCUUCGUGCAUCUGAACUGUGUGUUUUUUAUUAUUUCUUUGUGUUACUUCUCUCAUCUUAUUUCUCUCUAAUCAACUCUUACGUUAUAUGUCUCUUAUCUUUCUCUGAUUCUUUUAUUCUCUUACUUUAAUUCUCUCAUUCUAAUUCUUCCAUGUCUUUCUCUGUUGAUAUUUCUCCUGUUAUCUCUCUCUCUCUUGUUAUUUCUCUCAUGUUGUUUCUCUUACGUAGAUCUAAUUUCUCUUUUGUUAUCUCUUCCAUGUUAUUUCUCUUGUGUAAUUUCUCUAGUGUUAUUUCUCAUAUUUUAUUUCUCUCAUACUCUUUUGUUAUUUAAUUAUUUUUUUUUUUGUUAUUUUUUCCAUGUUAUUUCUCUGUUGUAAUUUCUCUAGUGUUAUUUCUCCCAUUUCAUUUCUUUCACACUCUUUCUCAUUUCGUUAUUUAUUUUUUUGUUAUUUCCCAUGUUUUUUUCCUUUUGUUUUUAUAACAUGAUAUUUCUCCCGUGUUUUUAAAUCAUGUGUUUGCUAAUGACUUUUCUGGAUGUUUUCAGAUUAGAUGCCAAAUAGAUUAAUACUCAGAGGGGCGUAGUGGUCUCUUGGUAAAGCGCUUAGCUUUCUGAACAGAGUGACGUCGGGCUCGAGUGCCUGUGAAGAUUUUGAGCCAAGCUCUAUUGGGUAGGCCUACAUGACAUUGGUCGAGAAAGUUUAUGGCGGUUUAUCGUUUUGUUUGCCACAUGACACCCCCAAUAAAGGUCGGGCAAAGAAACAGACGGCCUUUUCAUAAUCUACCCCAUGAUCGCAAUUCUGAAAGAGUCUCAUUACUUAGAUCGCUACUGAAGCAGAUUUGUUGGAACACGUUGUUAUUGACUCGAGAAGUAUGAGUCAAUGUUACCAGAGAAGUGAAAACCGGAAGUUAUUAGCAUCCUCGUACUUUCCAGUUUCUACAAAGAAUUGUAAAUGAAAUGAAAGGAAGAUAACUCAUUUUUAGUAGGAGUAUAUUCUUGACCUUUCAGUUUGAGAAACGAUAUAGAGAGAAUACAUGCUCAUUUCAUAAGACAAGUUUAUAAGUUUCAAGCUUCAUGCUAAAUCUUCUUGUCAGUAUCUCCAUACUUAUUUUUUUCUGACUAUUUUAUAAUUGUGACUUUAUCUCUGGAUGACUCCAAUUGACCUUGUUGUGAAUGACUCCUCAAUGUUUUGAUUUGUGAGAGUGAUCAGUGUGUAAUUUGAAUACACAGGGCAAGUAGUCCUGUAACUUGUAACUGUUUGGUAUAUUUGGGUCUUGAACUCCUGCAUAUCUUGUUGUCUAAUCAAAUUGACAUUUCUUUUUUUUUUAUUUUGUUUAUUACUAGAAUUGAUAACGAUUGCUAUUUUUACAACUACCUUUAUAUUUUUAUCAUGUUUUAUUGUUAGGCACUUAGCCUAGCGUCACACUAUCCUUGACGGACACUGAAUUUGACAUUUAGUGGCAUCGCGGAUAUUGGGCUUUAGUUUGUGUGUAAGAUAUUUUAUUCAGUUGGUAUUAGGACCUCAAGGUGACAAUAUCGGAUUGUUAUCAGAGACACGACUGGGCCUGUACUGUAUUAAAUAUUGGUUAAAUUAUUGAACAGCCUGGACUGAGUGCUUCACUUGUGUUAUGUAAUGGUCUUUGUCUAGAACUUGCACUAGUGGUAAUGUGCCCGUACAAGCGAGACCAAUCAUUAUAGAAGGCCGGAACACUGACAUGCAACGUCAUAACCUGUGGAGAGUUUAGACCAAUAGCUCAUUGCACGUCACAGGUUUAUACGACGUGGCAAUGAGAUAUAGGUCUAAACUGCCCACAGGUUGUGACGCUGUAGGUCAGCGUUGAUGCCUUCUGUAACUAAUGUUCUCGGUACAAGACACUCAAACAGUUCCUGAGUAGUUCUCGAAGUCACAACACACACCUCUACAACAGUAUAGCAACCAUUACAAUAUCCUAUGUAAAUAAACAAUCUAUGUUAUACUUAUAGAAACAUCCCAGGGCGUCAGUUAAUAGUGCAAUAAUUAGUACCCUUGCUCCUGACACUACUCUCACAAUAAAAUUAAGCUGUAAUAUAGAGGGCUGCCUGGUCUUGCGGUAUGCGCGCUGGUCUGUCGUCUGGUCGUCUUGAUAGUCACGAGUUCACAUCCAAUCUUGGAUCAAGUCUAAAUUUAGCACAAUUAUAUCUUGUAACAGACAAAUCAAGAAUCAAUUUUUUUUUUUUUAAUUAAUCAAUUAGUUAACUGUUGGUAAUUAAUUAUUUUGUUUUGUAUCGAACAAGGGAAAGAAAUUGUAUUUGACAGAUUUUUGACAGACUGACAGACAGAAUGAGUUGCUAUAAGUUUUGUAAUAACAAGAAAAGUCUCACUGUGGAGAUCCACGACGUGUGCCUCCUAGUACACGCACCAGUCAGAUAACAAUGACAUUGAUGAAUGUUUGUGUGUGUUUGAACUGUCUAGAUAUAGCUGAGGCAUACACAAGAAUGGCUGUAGCGUCAAUACAAAAGCUACUGAUAA